UGGAAUUAUAGUCCUUGUGUUUUAGUGGCAGCAAGUUGGUGUUUAACUCAUUCUACACCGAUCACUACACACUAGUAAUAUAUACAUAUAUAUAUACAGAAUGUAACUCGUCUAUUUAACAUUAUUACAUUUGCACUAUUGUUGAAUAUUUUGUCAAAUAGACGAGUUACACCCUACAUAUAUGUAUGUACGUAUUUAAAACUAUUACUUUGAUGUAUACCUAACCUCUCUUUUUUCUUUUAUCAUGAUUAUAAUUUAAUUAUUUAGUUAAAUAGGUAAAAAAUUUUAAUUUAUCAUACAUUGGACCAUAAUAUAUUAUGAUUAAAAAUCAAUUAUAUUUCGUAUACACUAUAUAAAGCUUUAUGAAUGUAUCAAUUCAAAAUCCAUACAAAGUGAUUGCAGGAUAUAUCAGCACAAGUCAUUUGCAUGAUUCGUCUAAACAUCAAAUAAGUUUAGGAAUAAAAGCAGUAUUCCACCCAAAUCCGUUGGUUGUAUUUGUGUUAAUCAAGGUGAUCCCCGAGUUCCACAAUACGCUAUUCAUCGACUAUCGACAGUUAAAAUACAACGCGAUUGAACCGGUGGACGAAAAUUGUGAAUCAUCGUAUUGGUUUCUAACCAAACACUCAACGUAUGAAGGCAAUUUUUUUUACAAAUAUGUAUUAAUGAACCAGAUCCCGUGUCCGUAUGUGUUUUGCCACUAUUCAAACUCCACGACGUGUCCGAUUAAUAAAAUUAUAAAGAAAAAUUGCAUAUCCGCUAUGGUUGUGUGUAACUAUCAUCUGAUGAGUUUUGCUGAAUUCGGACCAGAAGAUGGGCGAGCUGUACUUUAUCAUAAAAUUACUAACGAGGUUAUUAUGUGGAUAAAACAAUACGUAUUAUAGUCUACUCUCUGAAUUCUGUAAUGUACAUACAGAAUUAGAGAACAAAUGUUGUAUGAAUAAUUAAAUAUACAUUUAAAC